GCUAACAUGAAAUCAUCUUUCAAGCUUCUUUUAGAAAUAGCUGUUGUAAUAUCACUAUUCUCAAGCAUAACCCAAGCAUUCUGUGUGUAUAACAGAUUGGAGGGUGAUGGACCUAGUUUUUUAGUGUACAACGUUAUUGAAGACUUUGGUCGAGCUUUCAAAAAAGAAAUUGCUCAAGGCGGUAAAGAAUGCUGUCCAUAUGAUAAUGGUGAUUGUGUUAUUGGUCGCCAACGUGAUUAUCCUUUAAGCUUAUAUAUUAAAUUCGGUUUUGAUCGGAUGGCUCCGAGGGAAAUAAAAAGACUAUAUACCAUCCAGUGCGAAGGAGGAGCUGGUAUUUCUGUUACCGGAUCAAAUUUUGAUAAUAUAGGAUACACUUGUUUCAAAGCAAACGGAGAUGUUACACAAGAAAGACUGCGUGAUUGGGUUACAGCAUGAAAUCAAUUGAAGAGAAGAAACCAAAAACAAAAUGCGACCUUCUCUAUAAGUUUAUAUACCAUACAACCGAAAACUAUACGACGAAGGGAGUGUAUAUUAAUAAUUAAAAAAAAACGAUGACUAUAUUGAGUAAUUCGUAAAUGUCUAAUUGUGUAUUUAAAGUGCC